AUGGCUUUCAGCACUAGUCCCCUGAGCAGAUUGUGGACAGGGGAAUCCUCUGGUUACAGCACCAAGAACGACUUGCCAUUGCCCAAAGAGCUUUCCAUAUUGGUCCAGUCUGUGAAGAUAGGCCGUGGGUACUUUAGCAUACUGAAAGAGGAAACGGCCAUGAAGAAAAGACUGCAGCUGCUUCAGAAGCUGGAGGAGGAAGAAAGGAAUAAAUUCCAACCAGCCAGAAAGUUCUCAGAAAUACAAUACGGCGAAAACUUGCUGGGUGCCUCAGAUGUGGAGAAGUACAAGAAGCUGGCGGCCAGCGGGAUGCUGCGCCCGUUCACCCCCAUCCACAGCUGCAUCAUCUCCCCCCUGAUGUCGGAGUCCCACGUGGAGCCUCUGUUCCGCCAGCUCUGUGCCCUCCACUGGCUGCUGGAGGCCCUGACCAUUGACCACGCCCACCACACCAUGAAGCCAGUGAUCACCUGCUGGAAUCCCAAGGACCCAGGAGGAAGCAAGAGCUCAAUCAAGAAGAUCAAUAAGGACAAGUCCAUGGGGCAGAGGUGGGAGCACUUUGUCACGGCACCGAAGACCAAGAAAUUCAAAAUCCCCAUAAUGCGCAUCACCGCCAGAAAGCCCAGCCGGCGAGCCUCCACCCUCAGCCUGUCUCGGACCAGCGGCGGGUCCUCUCCCCAGAGCAGCAUGGUCUCUGUGAACCCUGGUUCUGAUGAGCUCCCAAGCGUGGUUACCCCGGCGACUGGCAGCAAAGACGUUGAGGAUAACGAAUCCUCUUCAACCAAGCCAGAUGACGAGUCCCUCCAUAUCCAUCUGCAGAAGCUUCUGGAGAUGGUUCGAGAAGAUGCCAAAAGGUCAAUGUUGUUGGAGAACGAAAUGCAAAGGACAGCUCCCAGCAUCCUGUCUGUGCUCAAGCAAACCAAGAGCGAUUCCGCCUUGAAGGAGGGACAGACACCGGUCAAGUCAAGCGAGAGGUCCAGCACCACCAGCAUGGACAGCCACUCCCAGAUGGUCCAGAAGAAGUGGAAAGGCCGAACAAACCGGGACUUCAUCCAGUCUAAGAGCGGGGUCUGCAGCCUCAUGAGGGCCAAGUUUUACAGCGUAGCCCAGGAGGCCAGCUACUGCCUGCAGGACAAGAUGGAGAUUUUCAUGAAGCGCCAGGAAGAGAGGGGUUUCCAGAAGUUCCACUCCUUCCUCCUUGUCUCCAGUUUCCAAAAGGACAUGGCAAAGAUGAGACACCAGAUCUCCAUCGUGAAAGGGGACGCAGAUGAGAUGGCAGACCACUGGUACUUCGACCUAUUGUCCAAACUCCCUGAGGAUCUAAAGAGCUUCCGCCCUGCCAAAAAGAUCCUGGCAAAACUGCAGAAGUUUGGUGAGAACCUAGACCUAAGGAUCCGGCCCCACAUCCUCCUGAAGGUGCUGCAGGACCUGAGGGUCUGGGAGCUGUGUUCCCCGGACAUCGCUGUGGCUAUCGAGUUUGUGCGAGAACACAUCAUUCAUAUGCCCCAAGAAGAUUAUAUCACCUGGCUACAGAGCAGGAUCAACAUUCCUAUCCGGACCCCGAAUGCCCUGACCUAG